AUGGAAACGGAUGAAUCCUCUCGCGUGCUUCCCUUCCAGCUUCAAUUCGAUAAACCCCUUGCUUCUCAGAUCGCAAUUGCGGAGUGGAAUCCCGAGAAGGACUUGCUCGCUAUGGUUACUGACGACUCCAAGAUCUUGCUUCAUCGUUUCAAUUGGCAACGCUUGUGGACCAUAACUCCAGGAAAAUGUAUAACAUCCUUGUGUUGGCGUCCUGAUGGAAAAGCAAUUGCUGUUGGGCUUGAUGACGGGACGGUGUCACUGCAUGAUGUUGAGGGUGUCAGUGGAUUUGUUCUCAAUGGUGCUUUUGUCUCCCUGUUUGUGGUAGAUAGAAAUGGAAAGCUGCUAAGAAGCUUAAAAUCACAUUGUGCUGCCAUUAUAUGUCUCAACUGGGAGGAGGACAGUCAGGAUGACCAUGGUCAUACUUCCAAGUAUGAAGAUAGAACCUGUCGUUUCUUUCCUCCUGCCCCAAGAGUUCCUCGGAUGCCUGGAUUGGUGUCAGGUGAUAAUGGCUUCAUGGAUGAUAGUGAAGAUUCAUUUCAGGAGCUAUCAAAUUCUUCUCACCAACGAUUCAACAUCCUAUGCAGCGCAGAUAAAGAUGGAAACAUUUGUUUUAGUAUAUUUGGCAUCUUCCCUAUAGGGAAAGUUAAUAUACACAACCUCACUUUUCCUUCUUCCCAUGAUGGUGCACAAACAACUAAGAGAGUUUCAAAUGCUUCAAUACACAAGGUUGCUUUAUCAAAAGAUCUUUGUCGUUUGAUAGUCAUGUGCUCAGGAGACCUUGCUAAAGUUGGUGAUGACUUGGGAAAGAUUCAAUUGGCUGGGCACAAUGAGCAUGGUCUGCAUUGCUUAGCACUGAACACUACUAUAUUUUGGAAUAGGAAAAAUGAGCUUCACCAGGUAGCUCAACAAGCUUCUAACAUUGAGGAUUUGACUGAGGUUGUUCGGACAUCAUUAUCAGUUAUGUGUAGGCAGUGGUCUGAUGCCAUGAACACAUUUCAGGAGAAGUUCAGCUCUUUGUCUACUCUGAUUAUAAAUCAUGGACUUGAUUCCUCUCCUGAAGAGGAGUUUCUGAGCCUUUUGGGUGGUGCAAGGACUAGCCCACCGGUUCAUCAAUUUCUCGUAAACACUCUUGGAGAAGUGGGUGUCAAGCGUAUUUCAAAGGUUCUCUCUGGUGCUGGCAAGGAACUUCAACGUAUUGUCUUGGACCAUCUCCAGCCUGCUGUAGAAGUAAUUGGAUUCAGAAUAGGAGAACUAAGAGGGCUUUCAAGAUGGCGAGCGCGCUAUCACGGCAUUGGCUUGGAUGAAUCACUUCUUAACAAUGCAACAGAAAAGGCUGGUAUGCUACUUGUACAAGUUGAACGAUUUAUGAGGGUUCUUUCAUCUGUUGUGCAGCAGUACUCAAACUUCUUCAACUGGCUAUUAAAGUGUAUAAAAUUACUCAUGUCAGAACCAAGUGACCAGCUUCUACCGUAUAGCAGUGAACUUGUUAUUAUAUUCUUGAAGUUUCUCUACGAACAAGAUCCAGUUAAACAAUUGCUGGAAAUAUCAGAAACAGAAUAUGAAGUUGAAAUUGAUUUGGAAACAAUGGAAAGAGUUAGAGAAUUGGUUCAGUUUGGGGGAUUUUUAGACACUGAGUAUCCGAGGAGAACAUUGGCUAAAGAAUUUCAGCUGAUGGAAUUAAGCUUUAAAGAGGCUUUUCAAAUGCCUUUUACCACAAUAUCAAGAAAGAUACUUUGUGAGGAUAUACUACCACUGUUUCCUCUACCAUCAUUGCCAAAAUCAUCUUCAUCCAUGAGAAUUCCCACAUCAGUAUCAUAUUAUGAGGAUUCUUCUGAAGCUUCUUUAUCACCUCAAACAGUUCCAAACCAGUUUAUUGAUUACGCAUCUUUCCAAGUACCCGAUGAAUGUUUCUCAGAUAUUGAAAAUUGCAUAUGCAUAGUCAGAGGAUUCAUGCAUGACUCACACUGUCUAAAGAAGGGCUGUAGUUCUUUAGAAGGCGUGCUAUUACAUGUUCCUGUUGAUUAUCAAUGUGUGGAUCUGUCUUUGUACAAGGAUAGUCAAAUUGUCUUGUUACUAAACAAAGCUACUAAUACAUCAGAGAGUGCUGGAGAUGGUUGUAUGAUGAUUUUGCAAGCAAGUGAUCUACCAUAUGUAGCUAUAUCAAGAUCUACUUAUACAGAUAUCUGGAGAUUACCAGAACUGACGGAUUCUGUCGCUUACUUGCAUAUUGAGGAUGAGAAAGCUCGCACCAUCCCUCAUUCUGUAAUUGCUCCCUUGGCAGUUAGUGCAUCAAGAGGCGUGGCUUGUGUAUUUGCUGCAAGAAAGCGUGCUCUGGUCUACAUUUUGGAGGAAGAUGAAGAUGAGGAAUCUGGGAAUUUGGAGAGGAAGGAUUUGGAAACGAUUAAUGUAAGGACGGGAUUCAUCGUUGCAGCCGAAGAGAUUGUUAUUGAUACUACUCCAGAACAAAGUGGGAAGAGGGAUCGAGGAGAGUUGUUGAGGACUAUUCAAGGAGACAUGAUUUUCUUAUCUAAGUGGGAACUGGAUCAAAGUUUGUUACAACUUCUUGAGAUUGCACUUGGGAGCUUUGGCAGGUUUAAGGAGAUUGCAGCAACAGACACUACCAGUUUAAAAACAAGUCAACCGUCGAGCCUUUGCAAAUUGGGCGUAGAAACAUCACAAGCAAAGCAGCUAAAGAGGAGAUGCUGCAGAUUCAGCAUGAGAACAAUUCUGCAUGUCAGUAAAGAAGCCUUGGAUGCUAUAACCAGAAAAACUAUUGAUCAGUUCAUUAAUGAUCGCUAA